AUGAAGUCCACCCCUCCGCUGCUGCUGCUCUCGCCGGCGAAGACGCUCAACUUUGACUCGGCGCUCUCGCCGGCGCUCCGCAGCCUCACGCCCACCGAGCCUCGCUUCCUCGAGAGGUGCAGCGCGCUCGCCGACCGCGUCGGCUCGAUGAGCAAGAGCGAGAUCAAGUCGCUGAUGUCGCUCAGCGACUCCCUCGCCCAGCUCAACCACGCGCGCUACUCGGCCUUUGCCGAGCAGCCUGCGCGGAUCGCGCUCGGCGCCUUUGAGGGAGCGGCCUACAAGGGCCUGCAGGCUUCGACGCUGGACGCAAAGCAGCUCGAGUACCUCGGCCGCUCGCUGCGCAUCCUGUGCGGGCAGUAUGGAAUCCUGCUACCGACGGACGAGAUCCGGCCCUACCGGCUCGAGAUGUCGACCAAGCUCGCCGUCGGCGACGCUCCGAAUCUCUACAAAUACUGGGGCGACUCCCUCACCGCGAGCCUCCGCGCGGAGGAGCCGCCGUUCGUGGUGAACGUGGCGUCGCAGGAGUACGCCAAGGCGCUCGACAUGGGCGCGCUCGGCUGCCCGGUGAUCACCUGCGCCUUUCCGGGCCCUGCUGUGCACGCCAAGCAGGCGCGGGGCGAGAUGGUCCGCUUCUGCGCCGAGCAGCAGGUGGUAGAGCCGGCGGGCCUGCGCGCCUUCCGCGGCUCGAGCGGGCAGUGGAGCUUCAUCGAGGCAGAGAGCUCCGAGACGACGCUCGUUUUCCACCGGGGCGCGGCGGCGAGCGCGGCGAAGCCGAAGGCGCCGGCGGCGGGGAAGAGGAAGCGCUGA